CGCUGCGCUGCUGACCUUGCGGAAGUGGAGAUGGCGGAGCUGUACGUGAAGCCGGGCAACAAGGAGCGCGGCUGGAACGACCCGCCGCAGUUCUCCUACGGGCUGCAGACCCUGGCUGGUGGUCUCAAGCGCACGCCGCUCACCAAGAGGGUCGCCGCCUCCCAGGAUGGCUCCCCCAGAGUCCCCACCUCACAGACUUCUACGGGGCUCCCCCCAAUGGGGCCUACACCUCCUGUGAGUAAGGCUCCCAGGCCCCCACCUGUGGGGAGUUGUCCUGCCUCCAGUGUGGAGCCAGCAAAUUUCUCAGUCACCGAAUCUGAAACUCUACUGGAAGACGUGCUCAAACCUUUGGAAGAGGCAUUGGAGGAUUGCCGCGGUCACACAAAGAAGCAGGUAUGUGAUGACAUCAGCCGACGCCUGGCUCUACUGCAGGAACAGUGGGCUGGAGGGAAGCUGUCAGUACCUGUGAAGAAGAGGAUGGCUCUGCUGGUGCAAGAGCUUUCAGGUCACCAGUGGGAAGCAGCAGAUGACAUCCACCGCUCACUCAUGGUUGACCAUGUGACUGAGGUCAGUCAGUGGAUGGUGGGAGUUAAAAGAUUAAUUGCGGAAAAGAGGAAUCUGUCUUCAGAAGAAGAGGCCAAUGAAGAAAAAUCUACAGACACAGCUGAGGAGAACCACAUGGUACCAGGUGUCUAAGAGGUUCCAUAAUCUUAUGGGAUCCCUAGACUCACAUCAUUUCCUAUGCCUUGGCAGAGAGGCCUGCUCUCUCUUGGCUCCCUUUUAACCACUUGGGAGACUGCCCCCUUGGGAUCCGUGGCCUGAUGCACCCACCUCUAGGGGAAGAGGUGCCACCUGGGCCACAGGGAAGUCACUUGUUACCCAUAACAUACAUUUCAAUAAAAACAUCUCCGUAGUGGGCCAGGGUA